UUCCCUGGGAAGGCCCCACUGAGGAGCUGAUGGCGGGUCCCCGCCCCCACGGCGCCUAGCAAGGUGCCCAGUGCCGGGCUCUCGCCCAUCCAUCCGCGCGGCUUAGCGGGCGACAAUGGGCUGAGCCACAGGCUCCGCAAGGUGUCAGGGGCGCCUCACGACGGGGGUGUGCCAGGGACUUUGGGGAGAGCCCGCCCUCCCCCUCCAGCUGUUCCCAGAUGUCAUUCUGCCCGCCCAGGAGCCUGGUUCCUGAGCUCAGGGGGAUUCCACGGUUACUAAGCUACUGGUUUUUGUUGACUUUCAAAUAUUUUCUUCUAAGGGAGAGGGGGAGGGGGGCAAAAGUCAGGAGACAGCAAAUAAAAAGAAAUCAAACUAAGCUCCCCCUCCCCAGAAGAAACUUGCCCUCCAGCCACCACUCACACACACAUCGAAGGCCUCUGAACAUAGUCACCUUGCUGGAGGAACAGCCAGACAGAACUGACCUGCUUCUGCCCCUCCUCCUCUCCCCUUCCGGUGAAUGAGGGGCCGUGGUGGAUGGUCCCCCUGUCUUGGAGCCCUGGGUGGACAAAGGAGCUUCGGGAAAGAGAGGAGGAGGAUGGCCAGUGGGAAUGGGCUCCCUUCAUCCUCGGCCCUGGUGGCCAAGCGCCCCUCCGCCCUGGGCCCAUUCCCCAGAUACAUCUGGAUCCACCAGGACACACCCCAAGACAGCCUAGACAAGACUUGCCACGAAAUCUGGAAGAGAGUUCAAGGCCUGCCCGAGGCCUUGCAGCCCAGGACCUCAAAAGAACAGCUGUCUGCCCCCAUGACUGGGACUCCAAGAGACAACGGGCUCGGCUUCCAAGAAGAAGCUCUGGAGCUCAGCCGUGAUAAAGAUGAGAUCUCCCUGUUGGUGGAGCAGGAGUUCUUAAGCCUGACCAAAGAGCACCUCAUUUUGGUCACAGAGAGCUCGGAGGAGCUGGAGGCCCCCGGCACCUCUCCCGAGGGACCCAGACAGCUGGCUCCCUGCCUUCUCAUACCUCCUCCGGUGGCGGACAGCAGUGAGUACCCGGGGACCUCCAUCAUUGCUGGUGAUACGCUUCUUGAGCCGAAGGUGGCCAUGUCUGUCAUCAGCAGCCGGCCGGACUGUGAUUCUGUUAUGUCUACUGUCACGGGAAUUCUGCGUGCUGCUAAGGUCAAGAGUGUCAAGGGGACAGAAGAUGGGGGCCACAGCCUGGGUGCCUCUAACUCAGAGAUUGGCAAGCUCCUGGCUCAGUUCCCAUUCAAGUCCACAGAAACGUCCAAGGCUCCCGACAACAAGAUGGUGUUGGAGGAGACAAGGGUCAUCAAGGACUUCUUGCAGAACAGCAUGUUCGGUGGCCCAGGACCCAGGGAGCCCAUGGGGCUGGGCCCAUUCCUACUGCUACCGCCUCCGCCUCUGUCUGCACCCCCUGAGAAGCUCCCUGAGCUCCCUCCUCAGAAGAGGCAGCUCCCAGUGUUUGCGAAGAUCUGCUCCAAGCCCGAGGCUGACUCUGCUAUGGAGGGGCACCUCUUGAUGGAAUGGAACCCUAGCACCAAGGAUCCAACCAAGGGUCGAGAGAGCCUCUUUCUCAGUCAGUGGCCCCAGAGCCGGAAGGACACUGGUGGUGAGGAGAGUUGCAGUGACCCAAUAGGCUCCAUGUCCAUGGCCCUGCCAUCCACGAAGUCUGUAUGGCCAUCCGAGAAGAACCUGCUCUAUGAGUUUCUUGGGGCCACCAAAAACUCCAGCGGGCAGCUGAAGCUUCGCAGCAAAAUGGAGGUGGACGGGCUGGAGCUGAAACUUAACCCACCUGUGACAGUGGCCGACAAGAACAACCUCAAGUACACAGGGAAUGUAUUCACCCCACGCUUUGCCACAGCCUGGACCUCAGCAACCUUGAACCAGCCACUGUGGCUCAACCUCAACUAUCCACCUCCGCCUGUGUUCACAAAUCACUCCACCUUCCCACAGUAUCAGGGCCUGUAUCCACAGCGUGCAGCCAGGAUGCCCUAUCAGCAGGCCCUGCACCCCCAGCUGGGCUGUUAUUCCCGACAGGUGACACCGUACAAUCCACAGCAGAUGGGACAGCAGAUUUUCCGCUCUUCCUACACCCCCCUGCUGGGCUACAUCCCCUUUGUGCAGCCCAGCUAUCCGUACCCUCAGAGGACACCUCCAAAGCUCUCCGCCAAUCCCCGAGACCCUUCCCCCAUGGCAGGGGAUGGGCCGCAGUACCUCGUCCCCCAGGCGUACGGGUUUGGCUCGACGGCUGGUGGGCCCUUGAUGAAUAGCCCCUAUUUUUCCUCCAGUGGGAAUGGCAUAAAUUUUUAGAUGGUCUUCUCUUCUCCCCCCUCCUACCUUAGCCCUUGGAUCAGGGCUAAGGGCUCUGGAAUUCUGGAUUCUGUAAUAGCAGCGUGGCAUGAAGUUGGAGAAGCCAAGGCUCCGACCAGGUCAUAGACAGAAAACAGCAAGACCAGACUCAUCUGUUGACCAGCUCUCUCACACACAUAGCCCCCCUCACACACACCACCCGCUACACGUGCACCUCCCUCAUAUUCACACUCACCUGCUCAACCAUCUAUGCACCUGUAUUUAGCUGACAUGAGUGAUUUUUGUUUUUGUUGUUGUUGGUAAAAUAGAAAUAAGACACUUAAUUUUAGAACGUUUGUAUUUUAUGAUAAAAGUGAGAGCUGCUUGAAA